GGAGGGCUUGUGUGUGACCGUUGAGUGCGCUGGUUGAAGUUUUGUUCGGUAGCUUUUUGAAAUUAUUUCAGUAACCGGUAGGUGAAUCUUCUUUAGGGCAACAGUUAACUUGUAGUGAUCGUGUGUGCCUGUGGCUACAUCCAUGAAGAACAAGCAGACGGCGGCGGAAGGUGGCGGGGGCACCAGAAAAGGGACAGCUGUCGGGCCAUGGAGACUGGGCGAGUUCUUGGGGCCAGCAGCCUCACCUCACAUAGCCGCCGCCCACCCCAAAACGCUGACGUCCAGUAAGAUGACGCAGCGGCCGUCCCCGGAAGCGGCGGUGGCGGCGGCGGCAGCAGCCUCUGCCCCCGACUCGGCGUCUGCGGAGCGCGUGGCGCGCUACAAGGAGGAGCGCCGGCGGCAGCUGGCGGCGGCGCCCACCGCCGGGCCCGGCCCGCCCCCGCAGCGCCGCUUCAUCUCGCGCGCCGCCUCCGCCGCCUCCGCGACUGCCGCCUCAGCCUCCGCCUCCUCGGGCGACGCCCAGACGGCCGCCGCGCCUCGAGUUCGCACGACACGCACCUCCCGCCUCCGCUCCGCGGCCACCGCCUCUACCGACUCCAGCCCCAACGCAGCUCAAGUUCACAAUAAUGGAUUUCUCAUGAGCGACGCACGCUUCGCUGUGACGUCAGCACGGCGACCAACUGCACGGCGCAUACGAAGGAUUUCAGACACCCAUGCUUCUAGGACGGGCGGUGGCCAGUCACGUGAAACUUCGAAGCAGAUCCAGAGCGCGCAGUCGGACUCUGGGCCUCGCCGCGAGAAGGACAAGAGCGCCAAGCGGAAGUCCAACCUGAACCGCUGCCUCACCGCAGAGGCCGUCGCGCCAGCCGUCCAUUCAGAAAUAAAUGCAAUCGUGCCGCCAACGUGUAAAGCGCGUGCCGUCGCUGACGUAUUCCCCGCGGUGCUGCGGAAGCGCGUCCCCGUGCCGCAGCUGCCUGCCAAGUGGCGAGCUGCGGCCGCCCCCACCGCGGCGGCCUGUGGAGCCAGCCGAGCUGAAUGGGCUGCGCGAUCGAUGCGCUGCCGGCGGUAG